AUGGAGGCCACAACCUGUAAUGGAUCAGUGGAAGCCUCACCAGUCUUCUACCUGGUGGGUAUUCCCUCUCUUCCAGAGUCCCUCUUCCUCCUAGUGUUUUUUAUUUUCCUCUUCUUCUACCUUCUUAUCCUUAUGGGUAACGCCCUGAUCCUUGUGGCCGUGGUGGCAGAGCCCAGCCUCCACAAGCCCAUGUACUUCUUUCUGCUCAACCUGUCUGCCCUGGACAUCCUCUUCACCACAACCACUGUCCCAAAGAUGCUGUCCCUAUUCCUGCUUGGGGACCACUUCCUCAGCUUUCCUUCCUGCUUACUACAGAUGUACCUCUUCCAAAGCUUUACAUGUUCAGAAGCCUUCAUCCUGAUGGUCAUGGCCUAUGACCGCUAUGUGGCUAUCUGCUGCCCACUGCACUACCCUGUCCACAUGACCCCACAGACCAACACUACACUGGCAGCCACUGCCUGGCUCAUCGCUCUCCUCCUGCCCAUCCCAGCAGUAGUGAAGACCUCUCAGAUGGCAUAUGACAACAUUGCCUACAUAUAUCACUGCUUCUGUGAUCAUCUCUCUCUGGUCCAGGCCUCCUGCUCUGAUACCACCCCACAGACCCUCAUGGGUUUCUGCAUUGCCAUGGUGGUAUCCUCUCUGCCCCUUUUCCUGGUGCUUCUCUCUUAUGCCCACAUCCUGGCCUCGGUGCUUCGCAUCAACUCCAGAGAAGGACGCUCAAAAGCCUUCUCCACAUGCAGCUCCCACCUCCUGGUGGUUGGCACCUACUACUCAUCCAUUGCCAUAGCCUACGUGGCCUACAGGGCUGAUCUGCCUCUUGACUUCCACAUCAUGGGCAAUGUAGCAUAUGCCGUUCUCACACCUAUCCUCAACCCCCUCAUCUACACCCUGCGGAACAAAGAUGUCAAGGCAGCUAUCACCAAAAUUGCAUGUCUUAAGACCCAGGCUGGGAUAGGAGCUUCUGACUUUUAGAUGCAGCUAAUUAUGCUCUCAUGGCACCAAUUAAAGUGCCUAGCACAAAGUAAGAACUCAAUAAAGUUGGUGAAUGAAUAAAUUAAUUAAUAUAGAAGGGUUUAAAAAACUCCA